AUGGGUACCGCUAAGAAAGAGAAACAAAGACGUAUUCGUCAGAACGACACCAAAGAUGGAAAUUUGCGAGUGAAAGGUGAGAAUUUCUACCGUGAUGGUAAGCGUGUGCAGUUUCUGAAUAUGUACAGAGAUGGAUCGUCUAUUCGGAACAAGAAGGGUGAUCUUAUUCGUGCAGCUCCGCUUCAAAGCGCAGAUGUUCCCACAGCCAGAGUCCAGCCAGACCGUCGUUGGUUCGGCAACACGAGAGUAAUUUCGCAAGAUGCUUUAUCGCAUUUCCGCGAAGCGCUCGGUGACACAGAGAAAAAUAAUUAUCAGGUGCUAUUGCGCCGUAAUAAGCUGCCAAUGUCGCUCUUGGAAGAAAAGGAUACACUGGAAUCUCCGCAACCGAAGAUUUUGGAAACCGAAACUUUCAAACAAACGUUCGGUCCCAAGUCCCAGCGGAAAAAGCCACGUGUAGCAGCGUCGAGUCUUGAGGAUUUGGCGGAUUCUACUGCUCAAAACAACAAAGCAUAUGAAGAAAAGCAGGAGCUGGAUUCAACGCUUGGGCUAAUGGGCCAAAACGAAGAGGAGGGUGAUGGUUGGUCGCAGACUGCAAAGGAGGCUAUUUUCAAUAAAGGCCAAUCCAAGCGUAUCUGGAACGAACUUUACAAGGUUAUCGAUUCUUCUGACGUAGUCAUUCACGUUUUAGAUGCCAGAGAUCCAUUAGGAACCAGAUGCAAAUCUGUGGAAGAGUACAUGCGGAAAGAGACGCCGCACAAGCAUCUAAUAUUCGUGCUGAAUAAGUGCGAUUUAGUACCCACAUGGGUAGCGGCUGCGUGGGUAAAGCAUCUGUCAAAAAAUCGUCCAACGUUGGCGUUUCAUGCAUCAAUCACAAACUCAUUUGGUAAGGGUUCUUUGAUUCAGUUAUUGCGUCAAUUUUCUCAACUUCACAAAGACAGAAAACAAAUUUCUAUCGGGUUCAUUGGUUAUCCAAACACUGGUAAGUCAUCCAUCAUAAACACGUUGCGUAAGAAAAAGGUUUGUCCAGUCGCUCCCAUCCCUGGUGAGACUAAGGUGUGGCAAUAUAUUACAUUGAUGAAGAAAAUUUUCCUAAUCGAUUGUCCCGGUAUUGUGCCGCCCUCCGCUAAAGAUACAGAAGAAGACAUUCUGUUUAGAGGCGUUGUUAGAGUGGAACAUGUAACCCACCCAGAACAGUACAUUCCUGGUGUUCUGCGAAGAUGUGAAAGAAAGCAUUUGGAGAGAACGUACGAAAUUUCGGGCUGGAAGGAUUCCGUUGAUUUUGUCGAAAUGCUUGCCAGAAAAAUGGGAAGAUUGCUGAAGGGCGGUGAGCCGGAUGAAUCGGGUGUUUCAAAGCAAGUGUUGAAUGACUUUAAUAGAGGUAAGAUUCCUUGGUUUACGGCUCCUCCUGCAAAAGAAGAGAAAGAGGAAGAGAAGUCCCCAAAGAGUGAAGAAGGGAAGAAGAGAAGUGCCGAGGAGGUCGAGGCCGAGGGCGAGCCUCAGGAAACAAAGAAAGUAAGCAAUUAG